AUGAGACUCGGACAGGAGGAGCGGCCUUUCGCCCUGGGCCAACAGUUGAGAGACGCGGCGACCAGAUGGCUACAACCCGGAGGAAUAGAGGAGGUGAUCGAGCAGAUCAUCCUGGAACAAUUCCUGGAGGGAAUCCCGGCGCGCACAUCAGCGUGGGUCCGCUACCACCGGCCACAAAGCGUAGCAGCGGCGGUAGCCUUGGCGGAGGACCACCUGGCCGUACACCGGGAGAAGGGGAAGGAGGAGAAGGCUGCAGGAGGAGCGGAGCGGCCAGUCCCGGCGCCGCGCAGGAUGCGGGCGCAGCCAGCCGAAGGAGCCCAGCCGUGGUCACGGCCACGAUACAACCCAAGUCUGCUUUCUCCUCCUCAGGGCCAGGCCGCUGCGGACACUGCGUUUCCCCCGCAAACGGCGCCUCGAAUGCCGGGGCAGGUGUGCUGGAGGUGUGGGCGGCUAGGACACCUGCAGCGGGAAUGUCCAGCGAUGGAAGUGGGGCAGGUGAUCCGGGUUGGCGACCCUCCAGCACCCUCCCCCUGGCCAGGAGAGACAUACUAUGUACCGGCGGACGCGUCGGGCAGAGGACUGGGAGCCGUUUUAUCCCAGCAGCAGGGGGCACCGACCACCCGGUCCUGUACAUCAGCAGAAAGUUAUUGGAAAGGGAGGCCAGAUAUAGCACGGUGGAAAGGGAGUGCCUCGCCAUCCGGUGGGCGGUCGGUGCCCUCCGGUACUAUCUGCUGGGACGCCCGUUCAGCCUCUGCUCAGACCACAAGCCCCUCCAGUGGCUCCACCGCAUGA